GGCCUAUUUCCACUUUCACCUUAACAAGCCACAGGAUUUAAAGGGUAAGAAUAAGAGCUCAUUUACUGUUAUGUUUCUACUGAAUUCCUUCGUUUGCUUCAACUUUGUCAAGUCCAAAAGGUAAAUUCAUGCAAAGUUGUCUAACUGUAAAACUUGGUGUAUUGUGUGUUCCUUACUACAACACAAACACACCAGUACUUCACAUGAAGCCUUUUAUUUCCUCUUUAGUAGUCUUUAAAAAUUAAAAAGAAUUGUACCAAAUACUGUUUCGGUUAGAAAUUGACUAUCUCAAGCUUUCUUAGGAUAUCGCGACUUGCUUGACAUUGAAUUCUCUCUAAGUGUUUUUUUGUCGAACGCUUUUAGUGAUAUUUUUUUGGAUUCUUUUUAAGUAUAGCAAAUAAAGUUAACUCUUUAUUUAUUGCAUAUAAAAAAAAUCGACAGACUGAAACGUCUUUUUGGUUCUGUGCUUUUCACGUUUUUAAGUUGCUUACGAUUUUAACGAUUUGUCUGUUCCUGUAUUUUGCGUUUCAUUUAUUCUAUUUCAUGGUUUUUUGGAUACAAAACUAUCUGUUUUGUUUAUGAGGUUACUUGGUAUACUGGAAACCAGGGUUAAGAUAAUCAAAUGCGUUUUUAGUGAUUAUGCAGAACGAAGUCAAUUUCGAUAGAUAAAUAAAUAUAGGUCCAUUAUGUCCGGUACAAGAAGUACUCGAAUUAGGAAAACUUCACUAAAAAGAGAAUUGGAGGAAUCACAGAAUGGCAAUAGUCCAAAGGCUCCUAGAAAUGAAAUUGGAUCUCGGCAAACUAGAGCCUCUUCCAGAAGACAGAAUCAAGCGCAUAUGAAGGCUGAUCAAUCUACCUCUGAUGAAGAUGAAGAAAAAAAGAAGUUAACAAAACUUGAGGAAGAGGAAGCAAAGGAAAACGAGAAUGCUUUUAGUUUCUUAUCAACGAAUGAUUCUUCUUCAUCAGGUGAAGAAAGCAAUAAAAACUCACCGAAAAUUUCAGACCAAGAAGAUGAAUCGGAUGAGGACUCUGAUAUAUGGGAGCAAGUCGAUCUCAAGCCGAACCGUGAUGAAAAAAAGGAUGAAGAGAAGGAUGUCCACAUUAGUGCUUCAAGUGAAACUCCGUCUAUUAAAACGAACAAGAAGAGAUCAUCUGGAGCAGUUGAAAAGGCGAUCCGUUUUUCUAUUCAUGUCAUGCACACAUGUUGCUUAUUUUACCAUGGAUGUCGUCGCAACCAGUGGAGUUGCCGACGAGAGCUUUUGGAAUGUUUACUUGAUAAAAUCUCAGAGGAACGUCCUUCAGUAGUAGAAGAUUGGAUUAAAAGUGAACGAACACAUGAUGAUCUGUUGAGACUAAUAAACGGACUGCGGUCUUGGUGGCAGAAGAAGUUUAGCAUAACCAAGCAUGGGCUAAGAAAGCUGGGUUACCGUGAUUUCAAGCACGGGUUUGAACUUGGUUUCGAACCUGAGAUUAUCGAAAAUGAAAAGGUAUUUAUUGAAAAAAUCCUUUCAUUCGAAGGAAGCCGAGAUUUAUCUGCUCAAGGAUUUACUGCUUUAUGUCGAUCCUUGCAGCUUAACGUCCGUUUAAUAUUUUCCCUUCAGCCUUUAACUUACUCCACGGCUGCUUAUGAUAACUGGUCUCAUCAUGUUCUCCCUGAUGAGGCUACAAGCUCUAUUGAUGGAGACCUUCGUUAUCCUAUAUUUUGGACAGAAGUGUAUGACAAUGAUCAAAAGCGUUGGAUAAGCGUGGAUGCCGUUGUUUUAAACGGAGUGUAUACAAAUGACAUGUCUUGGUUUGAGCCCAAAGGAGCUUACGCUGAGUCUAAGCACCUGCGUAUGGGAAUUGUAAUUGCGUAUGAAAAUGAUUUUUAUGCUAAGGAUGUGACUUUACGCUAUACGGAUGUGUCAUCUAAUCGUUGCAAAAAAAUUAGACAAUCUUAUUCACCGGAGAAAAAGGACGAUACAUACGUGAGAAUUUUUUCUCAGUUUACAAAAAAGAAAAAAAAUGAACAAGAUUUGAUUGAAGAUCGUGAACUCGAGCAAAAAGUGCCAGUGCGCGAGCUAAAGAGUAUCGCUGAUUAUAAAAAUCAUCCGGACUUUAUAUUGAAGCGGCAUCUUAAACGUGAAGAAGCUCUUCUGGAUGAUGCAAAGCCUGUUGACAGGGUUGUCUUUGGUUCGAAGAAGAAUCCUAUUCAAGAAGAGGUUUACCGCCGAAAGGAUGUUUUGACAUGCAAGACACCUGAAAAUUUUCAUAAGGAAGGCCGUGUAAUAAGGCCUGGAGAACAGCCUCGAAAGAUGGUAAAAGCAAGAGCAGUAACUAUCACAAGAAAGCGAGAGCAUGAGUCUAAAGUCAUAGAGUCCAAGGAGCCAGUCAUGCAAGGAUUGUAUUCUUCGGAUCAGACUGAAUUAUACAUUCCACCUCCAAUAAGAGAUGGAAAGAUUCCGAAGAAUGGUUAUGGAAACAUCGACUGUUUUGUUAAAAGCAUGAUCCCUCAAGGAGCCGUACAUCUCCCGUUCCGCGGAAUUGCAAAGAUUGCAAAGAAGCUGAAUGUUGAUUACGCUGAAGCGGUAACUGGUUUUGAGUUCCGAAAGCAUCGAGCCAUUCCUAUUACAACAGGUAUUGUUGUUCCAGAGGAAUUUGCUCCGCAAGUACUGGACGAAUUUCGCGUGUACCAGAGGGAACUGGUGGAAAAGCAGCUUGUGAAAGAACGAAAAACUGCUAUUGGAUUGUGGAAGCGUAUGAUCAAUGGACUACGCAUUCGCAAACGAAUUACUGAAGAUUAUGGCUAGAUCCUAUAACAAAAAUUCCUACGACGUGAUAUAAGUUACUUAAUUCUUGUUCAACUAGUAUAAUUAUUAAAACUAUUGAAUUGCACUGGAUUCCCUUCAACCAUGACUAAAAUAAUUAACCGCUCUCUAUGCAAAGUUCACAAGUGGCGUUGAAUAUAACACUUUUUUACAAAAGUUAAGUGUAAAGGGGAAAUGAGUCAUUGCUAAAUCCGGAAUUAUUUGAAACUAUUUAGUCAAUAAAGUCGAAUUAGAAAUGUA